CGUCACUGUCGCGUUCAGACCUUCUAACUUCAUCAUCAUCAUGUCGUCUGCUGUACCCCCGCCAGAUCCCCCGUCUAACACCAACCCAGAGAAGCAGCCAGAGGACUCUACGUCCCCUGCACAAGGCGAAGAUGCAGCCAUGGACACAACGCCCGACCAACCGCCAGAGGAAACUUGGGAGGACAUUCCUGAGGACAUCAUGUCGCUCAGCACAGACGAAAUUCUAACUCGGAUACGGUUAAUAGACAAUGACAUUAAGGUUAUGCGCUCAGAGACGCUACGAUUACAGCACGAACAGAGCGUAAUGAAAGAGAAGAUUCGUGACAACGGGGAGAAGAUCAAGCAGAACAAGGUCUUGCCAUACCUUGUUGGCAACGUUGUCGAGAUUCUCGACGUCGAUCCUGAGGGCGAAGAAGAUGGUGCUAAUCAGGACCUCGAUUCUAUGCGUAAAGGAAAAUGUGCCGUCAUCAAAACAUCUACUCGCCAAACCGUCUUCCUUCCACUGAUAGGUCUUGUUCCCCCGGAGAAACUCAAGCCAGGCGACCUCGUCGGCGUCAACAAAGAUUCAUAUCUCGUCCUUGAUACACUUCCUGCAGAAUUCGACUCUCGCGUGAAAGCUAUGGAAGUUGAUGAGCGCCCCACGGAGAAGUAUACAGAUAUCGGUGGUUUGGAGAAGCAGAUUGAGGAGCUUAUGGAGGCUAUCGUGUUGCCUAUGGAGCACAGCGAGAAGUUCAAAACACUCGGCAUCCGUCCUCCAAAGGGCUGCUUGAUGUAUGGUCCCCCUGGUACUGGAAAGACACUUCUCGCACGAGCAUGCGCUGCCCAAACACAGGCAUGUUACCUUAAGCUUGCUGGACCUUCACUGGUGCAGAUGUUUAUCGGUGAUGGUGCCAAGUUGGUCCGGGACGCGUUUGCUCUUGCCAAACAGAAAGCGCCAGCUAUCAUCUUCAUUGAUGAAUUGGAUGCCAUUGGUACGAAACGGUUCGACUCGGAGAAGAGCGGUGAUCGUGAGGUACAGAGAACGAUGCUUGAGUUGCUCAACCAGCUUGAUGGCUUCAGCAGUGACGAGCGAAUCAAAGUCAUAGCUGCAACGAACCGAAUCGAUAUCCUUGAUCCCGCCCUUCUUCGUUCUGGUCGUCUAGAUCGUAAGAUCGAAUUCCCUCUGCCAAACGAAUCCGCUCGUGCCCGUAUUCUGGAGAUCCACUCACGGAAGAUGACGGUAUCCCCUGAAGUCAACUUCGAAGAGUUGGCUAGGAGUACGGAUGAAUUCAAUGCCGCUCAGUUGAAGGCGGUCUGUGUCGAAGCAGGAAUGAUCGCAUUGAGAGAGGGUGCUUCUAAGCUUGGGCACGAGCAUUUCUUAAGCGGUAUAUCGGAAGUACAAAGCAAGAAGAAGAACGACCUCAUGUACUUUGCAUAGUUUAAUAGCAUUCAGGCUGGCUUUCAUAUGCUUCCUUUCUGACCGAGACAUAAACACAUGGGGUGAACGUUCCUGCCCUUAAAUCUGUCGGUUUUCUCCCAUCCGAUGGGUAAAUUGUUACCUCCUAAGCCAAUUUACUCUGCACCAGGCCUUAUAC